AAAAGGGUGGGGCCGCUUCCCUGCAGCAGAGCUGGCGGCGGCAGCGGCAGCAGCUUGCAGCAUCACUGAGGGCAGCAGCGGCGGCAGCAAUGCUGGGUCUCGACUGGAGUUGACCGCGCCUGAGCCCUGCUAGGCGGCCGACUGCUCCCGGACGCCGGCGGGAAGGAGAACAGAGUCCGUUCCGCAGGCGUUACGGCCACACCGUCCGAGCCCUCCUCUGCGCCAUGGCUUAGGCCCGCAGCCACCUCGCCUCGCGUCGCCUCGCUCUGCCGGGGUCUGCGCUCCGCCGCAGCCGCAGGGAGGGGCGCGUCCUAGACGCCCUAGCCGGGUUCUCGGGAACGCGGUGUCUCCUGCCCUUCAGCUCCCGCGGCAGACUGCGCUCCCGAGACCUUUGCGGGGGGCUCCUGGAGGUGCCUGCAGCAGGUAAUCGAGGGAUUUUACAGACUCUCAGCGAUAGCUUUGCCGGCUCGACCUUGGGGGUUGAGCUCUCUCUCUAGGUCCCCUCCGAGGGAGGAAAGCAAGGUAGCUCAGGCUGACCACGGGAAAAAAACAGUGUAGACCAGACUGGAUGGUCGGGAGCUAAGGGGCUGAAGGAAGAUUAGAGACUUGCUUUAGAACGAGAGAAAAAAGGAGGGAGAGCCAGCUUGGCAGCCAGCAUCAUGGCGUGGCCGUGCAUCACUAGGGCCUGCUGCAUCGCCCGCUUCUGGAAUCAGCUGGACAAGGCGGACAUCGCCGUGCCGCUUGUUUUCACCAAGUAUUCGGAGGCCACCGAGCACCCGGGCGCCCCGCCGCAGCCGCCACAAUCGCAACAGCAGCCGGCCCAGCCGGCGUACGCGCCCCCCUCGGCGCACGCGGGCGCCAUAGAGACGCAGCCGGCGCAGGGCGAGUUGGAUGCAGUUGCCCGGGCAACAGGGCCGGCUCCCGGGCCUAGCAGCGAACGCCGGGCCUCGGCUGCCCCAGGCCGGAGCGGCCCCAGCCCGGUCCCGGGCUCUGGCGUGGGCCCUGCGGACUCGGUGAUGCGGCAGGACUAUCGCGCCUGGAAGGUGCAGCGGCCCGAGCCGAGCUGCCGGCCGCGCAGCGAGUACCAGCCAUCCGACGCGCCCUUCGAGCGCGAGACCCAGUACCAGAAGGACUUCCGCGCCUGGCCGCUGCCGCGCCGCGGGGACCACCCGUGGAUCCCCAAGCCCGCGCAGAUCCCCCCGUCCUCCCAGGCCCCGGCACCCAUUAUCGGGGCUCCCAAGCGCCGCCCGCUGAGCCAAGAGAGCUGGCCGGUGCAGGCCGCCGCUGAGGCCUCGGAGCAGGAGGGGACCCCUAGGGCAGCAGCUGUCCCUGCAGCCGGAAAGGAGUCCGGGGCGGACGAACGCGACACGCGCAAGAAGGCCGGGCCCACCUGGAUGGUGCGUCGCGCCGAGGGGCAGGGAACACCCAUCCUCGGGGCCCCCCAGAGCCGCCCGCAGAGCCAAGAGAGUGGGACAGUGCUGGCCGCCACUGAGAGCUCGGAGCAGGAGGCGGCCCCUGGCGGAGCGGGUGUCCCUGCGGCCGGAAAGGCGUCCGGUGCGGACGAGCGCGACGCACGCAAGAAGGCCGGGGCCGCCUGGAUGGUGCGUCGCGCGGAAGGACAGGGGCUCGAGCAGACGCCACUGCCCGCGGCCCAGGCUUUGGUCCAGGCCGCGGGCACCGAAGGUGGCAACGGGCGGGCGGCGGCGGAUGCCCUCAACAGGCAAAUCCGCGAAGAGGUGGCGAGUGCGGUGAGCAGCUCCUACAGAAAUGAAUUCAGAGCAUGGACGGAUAUCAAGCCUGUGAAACCCAUAAAAGCCAAGCCCCAGUACAAGCCCCCAGAUGAUAAGAUGGCUCAUGAGACAAGCUACAGUGCCGAGUUCAAAGGAGAAGCCAGUAAGCCCACAUCUGAUAAUAAAGUCAUUGAACGCAGACGAAUACGCAGCCUCUACAGCGAACCCUUCAAGGAACCCCCAAAGGUGGAGAAACCUAGUGUUCCGAGUUCCAAACCAAAAAAGACCUCAGCAAGCCAUAAGCCCCUGAGGAAGGCCAAAGACAAACAGGUGGUGUCGGGCCGAGGCACCAAGAAAAAGGGGGCGGAGGGCUCUGGUACCGUCAAGCCCGACGACAAGGAGCAAAGUAAAGAGAUGAACAAUAAACUGGCUGAGGCUAAAGAGAGCCCAGUCCAACCCACCGUUGAUUCACCUAAGAAUCAAGGUCCUGUAGCCUCAGAGCCAGAAAAGGAUCAAGGUCCCAUGGUCCCAGGGCCUCUGAAAGAUCAAGGUCCUGUGCUCCCAGAGCCUCCACAGGAUCAAGGCACCGCAAUCCCGGGGCCUCCAGACGAUCAAGGUCCCAUGGUCCCGGAGCCUCCAAAGGACCAAGGUCCUGUGGUCAAGGGGCCUCUGAAGGAUGUAAGUCCUGUGGUCCCAGCGCCAGCUAAGGAUCAAGAUUGUGUGGUCCUUGAGCCUUUAAAGAAUGAAGGUCCUGUGAGCUCAGCACCAGUCAAGGACCAAGGUCCCAUAGCUCCAGUGCCUCUCCAGAAUCAAAUUCCUAUUAUCCCAGCAAGAGUCGAGAAUCAAGGUUCCACAGAAACAGAGCCUCCGAGGGAUCAAGGUCCUGUGGUUCCUGAGCUUGUGAAGACUCAAGGACCCUUGUUCCCAGCACCUGCCAAGGAUCAAGGCCCCAUCGUCCUUGAGCAUCUGAAGACUCAAAGUCCCAUGGUGAUAGCACCCGAAAAGAAUCAAGUUCCUGUGGACUCUGAGGCUGUAAAGAAUCAAGGUUUAGUGGACCCAGAGCAUCUGAAGGAUCAUGAUUCUGUGGUUGUGGCACCUGUCAAGGAUCAAGGUCCCAUGGUCCCAGAGCCUCCAAAGAAUCAGGUUCCUAUGGUUCCUGAACCUCUGAAGAAUCGAGUUCCUACAAUCCCAUUGCCUCUGAAAGAUCAAGAGCCUCUGGUGCCAGCACCAGCAAAAGAUCAAGGUUCCGUGGUCACUGACCCUCUGAAGAUUCAGGGUCCCCGGGGCCCACAGCUGCCCACUGUCUCAUCUCCACCCCUGGUCAUGAUCCCAACUGUCCCCCAUGUGGAGUAUAUUGAAAGCUCCCCUUGAUGCUCACCCCUUGACAUGCCAAGGAAGGAGCUGGCAGUGAAAGUGCUCCCCUACCAGGGGCAGUGAAGAAACAUAUUUAACCUGCAUGAAACAUGUAUUAUAUAGUCUUGCUGUAAUCCAAUAAAAAUAGUCACUCUGGCUCA